AUGAGUAUUGAAGUCGAAACUUCUGCUGCCGGUAGUCGCAUAUAUCUUCGAGGUGUUGAGCGGAUGGUCACUGCAUCCGACAGAGUAUCCGUCAAGAUCGCGCACUCGAUGCUCGUCCGGGGCGACACGACGAUUCUGCUUCAUUUCCUGCCCUUUGCUGUGAUACACGCCUUCAAUGUGCAUCCUCGAAUGCGAGCUCUUCAACUCAAAGACCAGCAAUUCACAGCCGAGAUUCAAGCUCCCGUCACCACCGACACCAUCGCUAAGAUACUACAAGUACGGGUGUUGACUCCUGCAGAUUAUGGAGACGGCAGUCCAACGAGCUGGCAAUCAUUCGUGGAAAAGGAGUGCAGUGUCGGCUUUGAUCGCUACUACCAGCUACCCUUCUUCCUCUCGGUUUGGGUGGCCAAACGCAAAGACACUGCUCGUCUCAUGCUCUUCUCGGAUCAGUAUAUGUCCGACGGGUUCUCAGGUGCUGUGGUGCUUAACUGCAUCCUUGAUCAAGUGUCGAAGCUGGCAAGACAAGCCUCAUCGAACAAUCAAAGACCAUCCACGUUAACAGUGAAGGAGUACCCCCUACGUCCGUCGCUCUACCGCAUGUGGCUCAACAAGAUCACGUGGGCCAAACCGCUGCUCAAAGGCACCAACGUGAUCUUCGGACGUCGAAUGUUCCGUGGCAACGUGCACAAGUUCACGCCUCUACUACCGGCUCGAGACGACCAGAAGGAUUUCGCAGUACCUCCCGUAACCAACAGCACCAAAGCUCUAUUCGCCGAUGGAGACGCUAAGUGUAUGCGCGAAGCAUUAUCGAAAUGCAGAAAGGAGGGCGUGACUCUUAACGGUGUAUUGAUUGUUGCCGUUCUCCUCGCGUUCUACCGUGUGCGUAGUAACAAAGAGCAGCGUGGACGCUUCAACCCGUUUCGAAUCGCAAUGGAUGUCGACUGUAACAUGCGCCAGCAAGUGCAACAUCCUGCUGAGGAGAACCAGGUGGGUAUGUACACUGCAACCACCGACCUUGACUGGCUCAACUCGGAAGGGGUUGACAUGCUGACCACGCGUUUCUGGGACUUGGCCGGUCGUGCUAGUCGAGAGAUCGAAGCGAACCUCAAGAACACUAUGAACAUGGCACUGCCUACUAUCACGGCUGACCAGAAACUCAACGCACAGAUGGACCCGUCCUUCCUGAAGAAAGUUCGAGUCGCUCACUCCAUCACCGCCGACGUUGGAAUCGCUGAACUGGUUCAGUAUCCAUUCGAGAAAAAUCAUUCACUCACGGACACUUUUGAUACUGAGAGUCGACGCGGUCUACUGGCAUACAAGAAAUCUCGUCAAGUGAGGUAUUCGAACAGUGAAAGUGAUUUAACCCGGUCGUGGCGUCUUGAGAGCAUGCAUUCAACUCCGCACAAUGUGCUAUCUAUUGAGAGUUUGCAUGUGUUCAAGGCCCUGCCACAUCUCGCUCCCUCUGUUACGAUUUUCCUGUCAUCGGUGAACGCGUUCAGCUAUUCGAUGGCACACAAGGUGAAGAAUGAUGUGGGGAACAACUUGUUCACGGCUCUAGUGGUGCUCUGCGAGAGCUUAGGCAGCAUUGGUGGGGAUGAAAACCUGACUGAUGUUCUGGCUCGUUUGGACGAGUAAUUCCUGCUGGAAACCAUUUUGAGGCACUAUGCUCCGGAGAAACA